AUGGCAGAAGAGCAGCGGAAACUGAUAGAGAAGCUCAUGGGGAAGCAGCUCUCGCUGAGCUCCAUACGACACUAUAACGACCCCGGGAUGACCGCGCCGGGAGUGUGCAAGGCCUUCAUCGUCGGCAUCUGCCCCCACGAUUUGUUCGUGGGCACCAAAUCAGACAUGGGCAAGUGCCCCAACCUCCACAUGCACAAAUACAAGCUCGAGUACGAGUACAAGACAAAGAAGCUCGGCAAGCUGUACCCAGAGAUGGAGCACGAGUAUUUCGAGGUGCUUGAGUCGUAUGUCUACGACCUAGAUCGCACCAUUGCCAUUGCGCAGCAGCGACUAGAACAUACCCCCGAGGAAAAAGAAAAGAUCUCGAAAGUUAGUGCCGACUUGGACAACUUGGAUGUUGAGAUCGGGCUCAUGAUCCAGGAGUUGGACUACUUGGUGAAGAAGAAGAAGAAGACGAAAAGCACGCGUGAAGAAUUGCUGGAGAAGGAGCUGGCGAAACACCAGAGCGACCACAUCUUGAGAAUCAUUGAUUUGUCAAUCAAGCUCGAUGAGAAAUGCCAAGCGCGAGACGAGGCUAGUAAACAGGCCAGAAACAUCAUUGACAAUGUCGGGCAGACUUCGCAGCAGAAACUACAGGUGUGCGACGGAUGCGGCGCCUACUUGUCCCGAUUGGACAAUGAUCGAAGACUAGCUGACCAUUUCGUGGGCAAGAUCCACUUGGGGUUCGUGCAGCUACGACUGGCGUAUGAAGAAUUGAAGCCCAAGUACCGGAAAGGAGUCGGUGUAUAA